GUUGCUGAGGUGGCGCUCAAGGCGAUAAGUGGCGCUGUACCGUAGGACAGCUGUGGAAUUUUAUUGUAAAAUUAUUUUAGGGUAUUUUUAUAUUUAAGUGGAAUCCAGUGUAGAAACCCUCAAAAUGGCAGACAAUGUACCACACAAGGGUGAUAUAAUGGCAAUAUUCAAAAGAUUACGUGCUAUUCCUACCAACAAGGUCUGCUUUGACUGCAGCUGCAAAAACCCAACCUGGGCCAGUGUCACAUAUGGUGUUUUCCUCUGCAUAGACUGUUCAGCUGUGCACAGGGGUCUGGGCGUGCACGUGACGUUCGUCCGCUCCACCCAGCUCGACACCAACUGGACCUGGCUGCAGCUGCGCAACAUGCAGCUCGGCGGCAACGCAAACGCGCGCAAGUUUUUCCACCAGCACAACUGCUCGACGACGGACGCGCAGCAAAAGUACCACUCGCGGGCGGCGCAGCUCUACCGGGACAAGCUGCAUGGCAUGGCGGUGCAGGCCAUGAAGCUGUACGGCACGCAGGUUCACAUCGAGUCGGAACACCACGACGGCGGCGGAGAGAAGGCGCAGCCCGAUGUGGACUUUUUCGACGAGCACUCGUCGGCUCAGUUCGAGCAGCCGCCGGCCCAGGACAACAAGUACUCGGCCGCCGCCCAGCUGUCCGCGCACGAGCCGGAGCCGGAGCCGCAGUCGGGCGCGCCGGCCUCGAACGGUGCGGUGCAGGUGCCGGGCGCCGGACCGCGUGUGGAGCACGUGCUCGGUACCAGCCCCCAGGCGGCGCCGCAACAGAUCAGAAAGUCGACCAUCGGACAGCGGCGACCGGCAGGCGGCAAGCUGGGGGCCCGUAAACUGGGAGGAGGACUGGGCGCUCAGAAGGUGAAGAAGGACUUCUCGGAGAUUGAGCGUCAGGCCGAGCAGGCGGACAUGAUGAAAGUACAGGCUGCCGAGGCAAAGAAGGAGGAGGCCCGUCAGACGGCCGAGGAGCAGGAGCGUCAGCUGGCCUCGGUACGGCUCGCCUACCAGGACCUCAGCCUGGAGCAGCGGAAGCAGACCGACAGGGUGAAGAACAUGGACCCCAAGAAGGCCGAGCAGCUGGAGCGACUCGGCAUGGGCUUCGGCGGCGGCAACUCCGGUGCCGUCAGCCACUCUGCGUUCAGCGACAUGGAAACGAUCGAGCAGAGCGCGCCGGCCUCUGCCGAGCCGCUGGGACGCCGCGGCGCCGACGCGUUCUCACGCCGGGACGAAAUGGAUGAGUUCGAGCUGGGCUUCUCCUCCAAGGCCAAAUCACAGAGCGACGAUGACGACUUCUUUGGCGGCUUUUCGUCUGGUACCGGUUUGGGCGGUCUGGGUAGUAGCAGCGGCGGCGGCUGGGGCAAAUCCAGCAGCUCGGCUUCCAGCUGGGAAAAGGCGCCCACAUCCUCCUGGGAAAUGGCGCCCACGUCCUCCUGGGACAAGACGCCCUCGUCGGCGCCCCGGCGCCCGCCGCCCACCGAUACCAGCAAGGCGUCAUGCGGUGAUGACGCCCAGAAGAAAUUCGGCAACGCCAAGGCGAUCUCGUCGGCAGCGUACUUCGGUGACGAGCGACCAUCGUUCGAGUCGCAGCAGAACAUGAACCGGUUCCAGGGUGCCCGAGGUAUCUCCUCUGCCGACUAUUUCGGCGAGCCGCAGACGAACCGCGGUGGCGGUGGAGGGCCUAUGAUGCAGACUCCUGAUCUGGAGGAUGUCAAAGAGAGUGUACGUCAGGGCGUCACCAAGGUGGCCGGCAAACUGGGCACCCUGGCCAACGGCGUCAUGUCCUCCCUGCAGUAACGGCUCGUCUCCGUCGGCCCCAGCUCCGCUAAGGCUGUACGAACGGACCGAUCGUGGAACUGACAGUCGCCCAGCGGCGACUGCCCGGCCGGCGGAGCAGCCGACUAGGGCGGACAGACAAAUAGAGAGGCGGACAGCCACCAGCGACUGGCGGUCUGCCGCCGCGCCGCGCUGACAAGAGGCCAAUCCUGCGGACUGCCGGAGGCCUGAUAAGUGCCCGCGGCGCGACACUGAUGGGCCAUAUCGCGCUGGCCGGAUGUCCGGAUGACACUGGUGUUCACGCGUGCUUGUGCGUGUGUGGGUGUGGGUGUGGAGAGAUCUAUCUAGCUUAGCGCGCAAGAGUGUGACGCGAAUGACGCAUUCCGUGCUGCGUGAAGCCUCUGGUUAGAGCGAUGUGACGCCUCUGAUCGGAGCGAUGCAGAGUCGUUGGUUGAAGCGAUGCAGAAGUCUGACCGUUCUGAGCUGUCUGCAUCCACACCAAGUCGUACUGAGAUGUGCGAAGUCUUGCGAACCCAAACAGAACUUCUAGGAGUAUGCCGAAGUUGUAUGGCUGCUCGGAAGUGUACGGAGCAGAGUUGCUCGCUACUGAGAAGCCUUGCGUUGCUAUCAGCUCAUGGCUCCCACGGUGGAGGGCUGACGGUCGGGGCAGUCUGGUCCGGAGCGUUUGACACCAGGCUCCCUCCAUCUCCGGACCUGAAGCUCCGCUCCCCGGGCGCCAAUGUAGCCUCAUAUAACAUGAUCGUCGGUGAGAGGCAUGUCGAUGUUGUCCGUUGGGUUCAAUCUGAUUUAUCUAUAUAUUCGGGCGUGUGAGUCGGCCCCCGUUGGCCGUCCUAUAACUGCGCUCUCCCGCGGUGGUUGAACGCGAGGGAGUAACUGUCUCUUCUGUCUGCAUUCGGGGCGAUCCGCGAGACGCCCGAGACAUAGUGUAUGCGGUGGGGGUUUGAACGUUGCAGUGAUUGUACGGUUUGGUUUAAAGAGUCGUAGCUAUAGAUAUCACGAGCUCGCGAGCCAUUUUAUGACGUUUCGGGAUUCGAAAAUAAAGGUGCUUCGGCUUAUUGUUUUAAAUUUUCUCAUGUUAUCUGAAUAAAGUGCCUCUUGUA